UUUAGGUUGAUUGUUUUUCAGGCCAAGUGAAUGUUUCCAUCUUCUUUGUCGUGGACCUGAUCAAUAUUCUAGCAGUAAAAACUUCAAACAGUAUUUUCUGGGUCGGACUAAGGAAGGAAUCAUUGAUGUCUGCCGACCUGAGCUGGGCUGCUGGCGGCAGUGGUGAUGAAGAGGAUGAUGUCACUCGCGAUAGCACGAGAAAACUUGUUCAUUCUGCAAACCAGAAGGCCAAGAGGAAGAAGUCGUCGGGUGGCUUUCAAUCUAUGGGUUUGAGCUACAAUGUGUUGAACGGUGUUUUGCGCAAGGGCUACCGUGUCCCUACUCCAAUUCAACGAAAGACUAUGCCUCUGAUUGUGGAUGGGCAUGAUGUCGUCGCCAUGGCUAGAACUGGCUCAGGAAAGACGGCCGCUUUCCUGCUGCCGAUGUUUGAGAAACUCCAGACUCACUCGGCCAUGGUUGGCUGUCGUGGUCUAGUGAUGAGCCCUACCAGAGAACUGGCUCUUCAAACUCUGAAGUUCUGCAAAGAGCUUGGUCGUUUCACAUCGCUGCGUGCUACCAUAGUUCUGGGUGGUGACAGUCUGGAGGAUCAGUUUGCUGCUAUCCACAGCAAUCCUGACAUCAUAAUUGCUACGCCCGGCCGUUUCCUCCACAUUGUAGUGGAAAUGGAGCUAAAGCUGUCGACCGUGGAGUAUGUUGUUUUUGACGAGGCUGAUCGGCUGUUUGAGAUGGGUUUUCAGGAGCAGCUUCGCGAGAUCAUCAGCCGCCUGCCAGAGAGCCGGCAAACACUUCUAUUCUCUGCCACGCUUCCCAAGCAACUGUUGGAGUUUGCCAGAGCAGGUCUGCGUAAUCCUACUCUGAUUCGACUGGAUGUUGAUACAAAGCUCAGUGACCAGCUGAAGACGGCGUACUACUAUGUUCGCAAUGAAGACAAGCCCGCUGCACUCCUGUAUUUGCUUCGCAGUGUGAUCAAAGAGGACCAGCAGACCGUCGUGUUUGUCUCCACCAAGCAUCAUGUGGAGUACAUCAGAGAGGUCUUGGAGAAGGCUGAAAUAUCCUGUGCAUGUGUCUACAGCUCCUUGGAUCAAACAGCCCGUAAGAUCAACAUCGCCAAGUUUGCUGCUAAGAAGAGCAGUGUGUUGGUGGUCACUGAUGUUGCCGCGCGUGGUAUUGACAUUCCAAUGUUGGACAAUGUCAUCAACUUUCAUUUCCCGGCCAUGUCCAAGCUGUUUGUCCAUCGUGUUGGUCGUGUUGCUAGAGCAGGUCGCAGUGGUGUUGCCUAUUCCUUCCUGGCAGCCGACGAGAUCCCUUACCUGCUGGACUUGCACUUGUUCCUGGGAAGAGGAUUGAAAAUGGCCACACAGGACACUCAGCCAUCAAGUAUCAUGGAUGCAUCCAGUGAUGGCUACUUGGGGGGUUUCCCCACUGCUCUGCUGGAAGAAGAGUGUGAUCUGUUGGCUGCUGCAGUGCGCCAGUCUGAUGAUCUGUCUUCAGCAGCUCAAGUGGCUGACAACGGCUAUAGGCAGUACGCGCGCUCCCGACCUGCACCGUCGGAGGAGUCCAUCAAGCGCUGGAAAGAACUGUCUCUGUCGACCAUAUCUUCGCAUCCUUGGUUUGGAACACAGCUGAACAAGAGUGAAGUUGGUCGUCUGGAUCUUCUGGCACAGAUGAAGAAGUUCAAGCCGCCGUCAACCAUUUUCGAAAUUAACGCCACUGCGAAAACAUCGGCCUUCAAAAUGAUGCAGGAGAAGAGAGGCUUCCACGACAAAGUCAUUUCUUCCAAGAAGAGGAAAGCGGAGCUGGAGGAGCAAGCGUCUGCGGCGGCCAGCAAAGCCGAUGACUUUGAGGAAAGCAUGCCGCUGGCACCUGUUGCUACUCAUGGCGAAGCAUCUAGUCAAGAUGUUAUGUCUACACAGGAAGAUGUAGAUAGAGUAUUCUCCAAGAUAAUUGACCCGUCGAAGAAGAAAGUGCGCAAGCGUGACACUGAAAACUAUGUCCAGUAUCGGCCUGCUGAUGAGCACACCGAGAAAGGGUUUUCUUUACAAUCAUCUGCACCGGGUCGUUUUGAACGCUCGGCUAACUCCGCAGUGAUGGACAUGGUGAUGGAUGACGAUGAAACAGUGCAGAAAGCAAACAAGACAAGAAAGCGCUGGGACCGUAAGCUGAAGAGAUUUGUUGGUGACAGUGGUGAGGGUCCUAAAAAGAUCCGAACGGAGAGUGGCAAUAUGAUCCGAGCCUCGUUCAAGAGCAACAUCUACUCGAGAUGGGCACAGCGUCAUCACGUGGAUAAACAUCUGGUCGGUGAAUCCGAGCGUGCUGGUGGUGUCAAGGCCAAGCUACUGGGACGCAAAGGUCGGAAAGGAUAUCAUCAGAAGGGUGCUGAGGACUCUACAAGUCAAGGUUCCGAUGCUGGCCUUCGCUCUAAUGAAACAAUUCUGAAAGAGCGCAAGGUCCAAGCAAAGAAGCAAGCGCAGCAGCAGGGCAAACGUGGUGGCAGAGGUGGCAGUCGCGGUGGAAGUCGCGGUGGUGGUGGCAGUCGCGGUGGAGGAAGUCGCAGUGGAUCUUCUCGUGGUGGUGGUUCGUCGUCACGUGGUGGAUCCCGUGGUGGUUCGUCGUCACGUGGUGGAUCCCGUGGUGGUUCGUCGUCACGUGGUGGAUCCCGUGGUGGUUCGUCGUCACGUGGUGGAUCCCGUGGUGGUUCGUCGUCACGUGGAUCCCGUGGUGGCGGCGGCCGUGGUGGUGGCGGCGGCCGUGGUGGUGGCGGCGGCCGUGGUGGACGUGGCGGUGGCAGCAGAAGAGGAGGGAAGAGAUGAGAAACAGUUUAGUCUGUCUAGACCGAUUGGCUAUGCGUGCUUUGCAACCUUUGUGUACAUAUUGUAUAAUAUCACGACAUGUGCUGCUUUGGACUGGAUUGGUUUUGAUCUUGCAACUAAUGUACAUUAUUAUACUACCAGUUAUACCAGAUCAUGUACAUCAUAUGUAUAUAUAACCAUAAUUAGAAAUUGGCCAUGGCCAUAUUUAAUAAUCAAGGCAUAUCAAUAAAUCAAUAAAAUACCACUUAAAUAUUCCAA